AUGUCAAACACAUCAAAUAACCCCAAAAUGAAAACAGUAGAAUUGGAAAACAUUACAAAGCUGCUAAGGAAGUAUGAAGAGGAUUACAUCUACAAGAAUGUCACCAAAGAAGAGCUCUAUGCAAAACUAAAUGGAUACUACGACAAGUUUAAGGAGAUUAACAAGGAAGAAACAAAAUCAGGUAAGGAAGUCAUUAUUGACUUGUAUCUGUGUCUCUUUAGAAUUCAAGCUCUUUUUGAAUUUGAAACUAAGUUAACUACGGCAUUAUAUACUAGUCAAAUCAAUGAAAGAGAAACCAUGCCAGCCAAAACAAUAGAAGAAAACAACAAAAGUAUUGAAAAUUCAUAUGAUGGUGAAAAAUCCCACAAAGACAUGCUUUCUUAUGAGAAUCAUAAAUUUCGGAAGCCUAAACGUGCUAAUUACAGUAAUCAAGUAAGCAAAGCCCUUAAAUCAUGGCUACGAGAAAACAUGAAUAACCCGUAUCCUAAUGAUGAUGAAAAGAAUGAACUGAUUAGACAAACAGGAUUAGACUCAACACAAAUCAAUAACUGGUUCAUAAAUGCACGACGGCGGAUUUUACCUUACAUGAAAAGCAAAUACAUGAAAUAUGAGUGA